AUGCUGAUCAUCGAGUCAACGCCCUCCACGGAGGAGGAGAAACGCCUCGGCGCGUCUGACCGUCCUGUCGACAAUUCCGAAGGAGGGGGGGAUGAUGAUCCGAGAUGGAAGGGUAAGGGGAAAGCGGUCGCGGGAAAGAUCGGACACGGAUCCGAGCCAACCGAGUCGCUCAACAGUCCACCCGCCGUCAACUGGGUCUCGUAUGAUCCUCCGGCAGGAUUGAGGGAUGUCGUCGAUUGCAAAUCAGAGGUAGUCGUGCAGAUCAUACAAGAGUCGAUCGACAAGAUCCAAGCCCGGAUAGUCGAGGAAGAAGAGAAGCGAAUAGCAGAAGAGGAGGCCCAGAAGUUGAGGGGGGAGGAGGAAUCGAGAAGAGAACGCGAGAAAAAGACAGAAGGUAGUAGCGCGUCGGAUACGCAGCUCGAUGAGAACGCAGAGACUCGAAAUAUGCCAGUCAAGGUCUCGCUCCUAGAUUCGGGUGGCCUACGUCCUGACGGCAUGCCCGCCCUAAAAUGGCCCGCCAAACCGAAAAAGCUUUCGUUCAUGAAUCUGUUUAGGCGAUUAAACAACAUAGGGGACAGAGGCGAGACAAGUGCUGCUGGCGCCGCUCGUCAGAGGCGCGAUGCUUCGUCUGCUAGUAUUGAGGCAAGUACCCAGGUGGCAACGAAGAGGCUUAUGGCCGAGUUCUUAAAGAAAACUACGACGGGUAGCAAUAGUAGUUUAACCUCGUCCGCAAACGAGGCCGGAGUCGAGUGUGUCUCCUGUCUUGACGACUAUAACCCUAAAGAUACGGUCAAAGCACCUUGCCAUAGUUACUGCAAACCGUGCUUCCUGCGUCUCAUACAGACGGUAUGCGAGAAUGAACAACAGUGGCCCCCGAAAUGUUGCCUGAAUCCUAUCCCAGACAAGACGAUACUGCUGAACGUCGACAAGGAGCUGAAAAAGACAUACUAUGACAGAGCAGCCGAGUGGAACAUCCCGAUCGGAGAACGUUUGUACUGCAGCUCGCCGAGUUGUAGCGUCUGGAUUCGGCCGGAUCAGAUCAACCGCGCGCAGAACAUCGCGCGAUGCUCCGCCGGCCACUGGACCUGCACAAUUUGCCGUAACGCUCAGCACGAGGGAGACAACUGCCCGCAAGAUAAGGAUAUGAUGAGAACUGACGAGCUUGCGGAGGAGGAGGGCUGGAAGCGCUGCUACGGGUGCCACGCCUAUGUUGAACAUAGGGAGGCGUGUCAACACAUGACAUGCCGGUGCGGCGCGGAAUUCUGCUACGUCUGCGGAGCGCGUUGGAGGACCUGCGCCUGCACGAUGGAGCAACUAGCUAAUAUUAAGAGGGGGGCGGCAGCACGCCGCUAUGCACGCGAGGAGAGAGAGUUGCAGGAAGAGGCCGAAAUCCAGGACGCUCUGCGGCUAGUGGAAGAGUUCGAACGCGAAGAGGCAUUGAAGGCCGAGCUCCUACGCCAGGAACGGGAGCGGUUAGCCGAGGAGCGCCGACAGAGAGAGCUUGAAGAGCGCAUAAGGCUCGAGAGCGAAAGACGGCAAGCCGUCGAGGUCAAGUUCCAAGGGCUGCGGGAGGUGCUUGCGAAUGUGAGCGAACUCCAGCGGAUCAUCGUACGGCGCGGUCACGUUGCCGAAGAGGCCCAGCUCGAGCUCCAAAGCACCGCGGCGCUGGAAAAUCUGCGGGAGAAGCACAAGGCCGAUCGCGAAGGCCUGAGCGCCGCCAGCCAGAUCAAGCUUGAAGAGCGGGAAAUCUCAUUCAAACGCGAGUACAUCACACGUGUAGCGGAGGAGCGCCGCGUUGAAGAGCAGUACCACGCGGCGCUGAAGACCUAUUGGUCUGGCAGGGAGGGCGGCGAAGCCAAACUGGAGGCGUCGCUCAAAGAAUUCAAACGCAAGAUGGACGAGGGGUUUAAGAAGUGGGAGAAGUGGAGGGACAACGAGCUGGAGUACUACCGCUGGAGCGUUGCGGAGGAACAGGCGAUCCAGAUGGAGCUCAUGGAAGAGACAGAACGCCGGUUGCUCGGUAAGGUGCUGGACGACGAGGACGCGCUAGUUCGGCGGAAGGCGGCGGAGCUCCGAUGGGUCGAAGUCGUGAUCGGGGAGCGCCAGCGCAUGCUCGCCGAGAUGGAAGUCGAUGAGACGGAGAACGGGGAGGACGUCGACGCUUGGUUUGCCGAACAGGAGAUGGAUGGUGACAUGACGGACUAUUUGGAUUUACAAGAGGGAGAGUACUGGGCUUUGGGAGCAUUUGCAUAG